AAUACUCGCUUGUCUGACAACCUAAGCAACAAAGAUAUGUUCAGCACAAUUAAAUCACUUCCUGUCCAAACCAAAUUACCAGCAGUCUCUACAUUCUUCGGUAGCUCAAACAACUUCGCCGGAAAAGCAUCUCCGGUCAUCCGAUCUGUAAGAUUCAAGCAGGCAUCCGCCGGACACGAAGAGCCUGAUAACAUGGACAAGAAAGAAGAAACUAAGGAAGUUGAGAAAAAGGGGGAUGUGAUGUCGCAUUCGUAUGGCGAAGGGUACGCGACUCGAUCAGACGAGGAAGGUUUCGGAGGGACCUACGGAGGCAAUCAAUCUCUUUCUCAUGAGGAUGAAGAUAAGAUCGUCCAUGGCAAUUCUCCUGAGUAUGACAAGACGCAAGGAAGCGAGGUAAAAGAGAAGGAAAAGGCUCGUCACCAAUGCUAACUCCUGAAGAUGGUAGUAGGGGGUUCUGGUGGAUCACAUGCAGAACACGUGAUGCUACUUUGUUUAUGUAGUUUAAAACAUUUUAUUUCUUGCCUUCUUUUUUAUGGGUUUAAGUUUACAAGUCGGGACUAGUAAAGUGGUACGUUAUGUAGGUUUAUGAAAGCUAAUAUAAAAUACGUUACUUUUAUGGUUGAUUUUGCA